CUCCCUCUCCCUCCCUCUGUCUCUAUCUCUCUGUAAUAAAUGCUGAUUGCUCGGGAGUUAUUCCGCUGGCCCCAGUGUUGACGAUAUUUUCGGCAGUUCCUGUGAUAAGAGAAAUUCCGAAAGUUUUCUCUCGCGGGUCAGGUCACGAGCCGUUAGUAAAUCCCUCCGCCCCAGACAGGAGAGUGCUGAACAAAACCAGAAAGCUGCAGCAGUGCUCUAUCUGCAACAGGCAGCAGCCCGAGUCAAGUGACUCUGUCAGAAUGUCGAACUGCCCUUCAGUUCUGUGCUGUCAUUUCAAAUCAAAUUAAGGCUCUCCCCACAGCCUUCUAACAAUGUCACCUUCCCCUCUACUAGGUGGUGUUAUCUAUACAGAACCAGUACCAGAAGACUGGGGGAUGGCAAAUGUUGUCCCCUUGUUCGAUAAGGGGAGUAGAGACAACGCUGGGCCUGUGUGGAGUUGAACACUGAACAGUAUUCUACAGGCGUUUCUGCAUGGAUUCCGGGCGGUCCUACAUCGACCACACCCCACUGGGAGAUCAGAUCGGAGUAAUGCCAGACUCACUGACAGGGCAUCUGCAGAAAUAUCUCUACAAUGGUGAAUACCUGCUCUUUAAGAAAGCUCCAGUCUUUGAGAGUGACUUCAUACAAAUCACAAAAAAAGGUCAAGUAAUCAACAUUCACAACCAAGUGUCCAUUGUGACCAUUGGACUGACAUCUACUAACCCUGAUCUCCAUCUCCCUGAUGUGAUGCUCUUAGCUAGACCCAGCGAACAGCCAGCUACCCGGGAGCUAAGCAGCCAGGAUUCCUCCUUGUCCUCGGAUCCUCUGUUUGGAAAGAGCUCAGCGGUUCUUCCAUGGUCUUUGGCCCCAUCCCCAAUGAAUUCCUGGUGUUCGGAAACUGCUCAAUCGCAACCAUCACCCUCAGAUACUGACUUUACCCCAGAACACCGUCUGGAGCUGAAGGGCCUCCUUCCUCUGAAGCUGGUGAAACUUUCCGUAUUUCACAAACAGAAGCACAGGUUAAAAGUGACCCUGGCCAGUGGGCGCAGCUUUUACCUGCAGCUGUACGUGCAGCCGGACUGUGAGCAGGAAGUCUUUCAGCAGUGGGUGAAGAUUGUUCACCUGCUCCAGGAGGAGGCACAUCGCAAACACUGUCCAGGCCGGGAGCUGGCUCAACUCCGAAGAUCCAGCGCCCACCUGAAGACUUCAAAAGGAUCACAGAGAGACACAGGCUCUCCGGAGAGAGACAAAUGGGAAUGUGGAGAUUGGAAGAAGGAUCCCAAAGGAGGAAACAUUCUGAAUGUUUUGACGGAGAAGAGUUUGUGGGAAAGCAGUGAGGAGGAGGGAUUGAUUUGCAGCCCAGGAUCAUUGUCGCAGCUCCCUGUCACAGUAACCUGUCAAUACUCCCCAACAGAUACCAGGCCACCCUUCACCACCUGUAUCGAUUCCAGAGUCUUCUACUUAGGAGAGCCUGAGAAUUUGACACAAGAGGACAUCUCACCCGCUGGUCAGAGGCAGGAAGAGGCAGGAGUGACUGGGGCAGAUUGUCACUCAGUGUCCAACAUCCAGAACCUUCCUCAGGAAACUCUGAAACAGGGAAAGGAGAGGCAGAAAGAGAAGGAUGGCCGGAAGAAUUCAAAGAAAGGGAAGAGUCCACCUUUACAAGACGAGAAAUGUUUCAAAGAGCAGACUAUAACAAAAAGGACGAGACUGAAAGAUACAGCCAACCUGAUGCCAAAACGGUCAGAGGAGCAAAGAAGAGCUGAGAUCAUUCUGUGGAUGAGAAAGGCUGAGGAGGAAGAGAAGAAACACCGAGAACAGAACAAGCUGAAGAAGGACAAUGUCAGUGCCCAAUCCUGACCACAGCGAGUGUGGGCAUCAGAAUCACCACCUUGUUCCCCCUGACCCUGUCCUGGGCACCACUGUCAUGGGCAUCUGUCCCAGGCCAUGGAUCUCUCUGUAAAUAACUUCACACACAAUAUUUAAAGUAAAUUCCUGACUCAUUAAUGCACUGGCAGUGCAGUUGUUCAGAUUGUUUUGGGGAUGGUAGCAGUGAGGUUUCUCUCAGUCUGGUUUACAGGUCAAUACCCCGCCAAUUGAAAGCAGUCGUCGAAAAAGCCAGUGGGAGUUCUUCAUUCUGUGGCAGGUCCUGCUGCACAAGUGACACAGACGUGUAGUUUAUUGUAGUUUGUCUAAUAGACCUAAAGGGGGAGCUAAGAAGAGCCAGAAGGGGACAUGAGAAGUUGUUGGCAGAUAGGAUCAAAGAAAAACCCUAAA